AUGAAGAACGUGAAAGGACAAAAGUGUGAACUUGAGAAGCGAACGGAUUUCGACAGUGCCAUGAAUCAAGCUUUCAGCGAAAUCUUUGAAAAUCUAAAAGGCUUGGAAGAGGACGCCAAAAUACGAAGAUUAAAAACAGAACAGCUGCAGAGACGAAACAGCGCGCCGGCUUCAACGCUGAAGGAAAACUUUGGAACCAAGACGAAUCAAUUGAAACAACCACAGAAACAACUUGAUAGAACAAAAUCUGGCGAGCAAAAAUCUUACACACUUCCAGCAGUUUCAGCUUUGUCAACAAUGCACUGGGUUAUGCAAUGCUGUGAGGAAGAGGAGAUUGACGUGAUAGAUUCAAGUUUUAGUUUUCUGGAUAACUACUGA